GUGCCCAUCCCUCGGACGGAAUGUCACCUCAGCUUUCCAAGCAUUAACAAAUUACAGUAUUUCGGGAAGAACAGACGAGUAACCUAACCAAUCAGAGGGUCCCUGCAGUCGACCUCUUCACCUGCCAUCUUCACAGAACCCCAACAUUGACCCACGAACCAGAAGCCAAAAAUGAAGGUCGUCGCACUCAUCAGUGGCGGCAAAGACAGCUGUUUCAACAUGAUGCACUGUGUCGCCAACGGUCAUAAAAUAGUGGCACUAGCCAACCUCAAACCCGCCGUAUCCAGCGGGAAGGACGAACUGGAUAGCUACAUGUAUCAGACAGUGGGACACGACGCGAUCGACAUGUAUUCUGGGUGCAUGGACCUGCCGAUGUUUAGGCGAGAGAUACAGGGCCAGUCGAUUUCGCGAGGGAGCGAUUACCGGCCGACGGUGGAGGACGAAGUUGAAGAUCUUUAUGAGUUGCUUUCGGAGGUGAAGAGAUCAAUUCCAAAUGUCGAGGCCGUGGCAACGGGUGCGAUUCUAUCCAAUUACCAGCGAGUACGAGUCGAGAAUGUAUGUUCUCGUCUCGGGCUUACAUCGCUGGCCUACCUGUGGGAGCGAGAUCAGAAGGAGUUGAUGCAGGAGAUGAUCGCAUCUGGACUGCAUUCUAUACUCAUCAAAGUGGCGUGCAUGGGGUUGACGCCGAAGCAUCUGGGGCAGAGUCUCGCGGAAGUCCAUCCCCAUCUCUUACGUUUGAACGAGCGCUACGGAGCCCACGUAUGCGGCGAAGGCGGCGAGUUCGAGACCUUCACCCUCGACUGCCCACUGUUUAUCAAACGCAUCGUGAUAGACAAGAUGGAGGAAGUUAUCCACUCGGACGACGGUGUCGUUACGGUCGCCUAUCUGCGGAUCGUGAAAUGUCAUCUAGAGGUGAAGAAUGUGGAGGAGACGGGGCUUAGCGAGAAUUUGAGGGAGGAGCUGGUGCAGAAUCCGAUGGCGGUUGAGGAGUAUGCGGGCGAUGUUGACGACGUGGAAUGGGGCUCAGUUAGCCGAACUGUACUUCCGGAAAGCACUAUAUCCGCUGAAAGUACCACUGAUACAUCAUAUGAAUGGCCAAUUUGCAGUCGGAGAGCAACCUACCUCGCCUUCUCCGGCGUCGACAUCCACACCGAGGGAGUAAAUCCCACCCGCCAAAACAAUCUCACCGCCCACCAAGAGAUCAUAAUGGUGAUGGACUCCAUGCAAAGUCGCUUGGCAAAGCAGUCUCUCACUUGGGACAACGUACUAAACAUGCAUGUUAAUGUGCGGGAUAUGGAGGACUUCGCCACUUUGAACGCGAGCUAUAAAUCGUACUUUGGGAUCAACCCGCCUCCCCGAGUAACGAUCCAAGUCCCCCUCCCGCCCACCACUCGCCUCCAAAUCGACCUCCUCGCAUACACAUCCCCCAACCCGCACCAACAAAAAUCCACUUUACACGUCCAAUCCCUCUCCUACUGGGCCCCCGCCAACAUUGGCCCCUACUCCCAACUCGCCUCCACUCCCUCCCAAAUCCACCUUGCGGGCCAGAUCGCGUUGGUCCCGCAUACCAUGAAGUUUGUGAAUGCGACGACACCGGGGGCGGAAUUGAGUGUGAAGGCGUUUAAGGAGGAGGCGAGGUUGGCGUUGCGGCAUGUGGGGAGGGUGUUGGCGACCCGGGGCGUGGGAUUGGAGGAGGCGCGGAUGUGUGUGGGGUAUGUGACUGAUGUGAGGUUUGUGGACGUUGCGAGGAGGGUUUGGCUGGGGAAGGCGCGGGCCUCUGUCCCGGCUGUCUUUAUCGUCGUACCAAGACUUCCCCGCGACGCCAACAUCGAGUGGCAUAUCACUUGCGGGACCCCGGGACAGUCACGCGCAGAUGAUGAUGAUGAUGAGGAUGAUUCUGCGGUGGAGGAGGACACUUCCGCCCGGACGACGCAAGCGAAAGCGGAAACGAGUACCGCGAGCAUUUGGAAGGUGCAGGGUCUGAGAAAUGACCAGACUGGGUACAUCAUCGGUACAUUGGGUUUCAAGGAUCCUUCCGGCUUGACAUCCGGCGACGCCCUGUCUGGCCUGGUCGAAGAGUUGUCUGCACCGUUUCUUCGCGCGCUUCACGAGUUACGGUUCACACCGCAACAUCUUAUGAAUCUACGAGUAUUUCACCACCACAAACUGCCGAAAAGCUGGGUUUCUCAAGCAUUGAAAUCACGCGAGCUUUUCAGCACCUCGUCGUCCGCAGUUACACUCAUUCCCGUAUCAGCCAUAGAAGAGACAGACGCCCUCAUGGCAAUCUGCGCAACAGCAUGUAUCUAGAAGUUACAAACACUGCCUAUACGUAAAUA